AAUCAGUCUUUUUGCAAACGUUGACUGCUCAACAUGUUCAUUAAAUUGUGUAUCUUGCUUGUGAUCCAUGCUUUUCUUGCGGCACAUUCAGCCGAGUCUGACUGUCAACCCGAUGAGAAAAGAACAAGUUUGGAAUUCUGCCCGCACGUGUUCAAUAUUAGCAUGCUCGCGGAAAAAGGGCAGAGGACAUACAACAUCGACAAUUGGAGGGAUUUGCGGAGCCAAACGAUUUGCUGCCCAAUGCCGGGAAACGAGCUGCCAAAUACAGAGAUUUGCGGACAAAGUGAAGCCGUGGUGCGAAUCAUGGGUGGCAGUGAGGCGGCUCCCAACGCCUAUCCUUGGAUGGCUAUGCUUCUAUACCGGAAUCUCUCAUCCCGGGAAAUAAACUCGUUUUGCGCGGGGUCCCUGAUCAACAAUCGCUAUGUUCUGACCGCAGCCCACUGUGUCUACAACAUGCCAGGGGAAUUGAUCCUCAAGAGCGUCCGACUGGGCGAGCAUGACACUACCAGCAAUCCCGAUUGCACAUUCCACGGAGCACGGCGGUUCUGUGCUCCCCCCCAUAUGGAAAUCGAAGUGGAGACCAUUGUUGUGCACGAGAAAUUUCACAUGGGCGGCAUGAGCAUAAACCAAAACGACAUCGCCCUGCUGCGACUCCGGAUGCCAGUGCGCUAUUCGCGGGGAAUAAGACCGAUUUGUGUUCGGGGACCCCAUAACAUCCGGACCAACUAUGGCUUUCGGAUAGCCGGCUGGGGAAAGACGGAAACUGGAAGACACAGUCCAGUAUUGUUAAGCGGCAUCAUUGGGAAAAGGAACUUAGAUCGGUGCUCAGAGAAGUCUCCAGACCUAAAUUUCGAUAUAUAUUCCCAAAUAUGUGCCGGCGGCCUGGAUGGGAAUGACACCUGUGUGGGCGACUCUGGCAGUCCGCUGAUGGCCACCAUGGGACAGGGCCUCAACGAAUAUGUAUAUCUGGCCGGCAUCACAUCAAAUGGACCACCAGCUUGCGGAAUGAUUGGUUGGCCAGCCGUUUACACAAAAACUUCGGCGUUCGUCGAAUGGAUACAGAACAAUAUUUGGCCUUGAAAGCUAAAAAAAAAAUUCUUUUUAUCUGUCUAAAGAAUAUGCUUCACUUUACAAAGAUAAAACAAUGGAAUAUUAUAAAAAUGUAAUAUUUAAAUCAUAAUUUUAAAUACAAUGCGUAUUAAAUUCUAAAUUUUAA